UCCCUCUCUCCCUCUCCCAUUCCCACGAUCACUCCCUCCCCCUCCCUUCUACUUCGUCUCCGACGAACUCUCCGACCAUCAUCGCCGCCGCUACCAUGAGCGUCGUCGGAUUCGAUGUCGGCAACGACACUUGCGUGAUCGCCACCGUCCGACAUGGCACCAUUGACGUCCUCCUCAACGAUGAGUCCAAGCGCGAGACCCCCUCUUGCAUCUCUUUUUCCGACAAGCAGCGUCUCAUCGGCUCCUCCGCCUCUUCUCUCCUCUACCCCUCCUCCACCUUCUCCGACAUCAAGGAUCUCCUCCUCUCCCAACCCCGGAGCCAACAUCGUGUCUCGUUUCUCAAUCGUGAAAUCACUCUCACCCCUGUUCAUCUUCUUGCGAUGUUGCUCUCUCAUCUGAAGCUUAUCUCUGAACGAUCCCUUGGAACCCCUGUCUCCGACUGCGUCAUCUCCGUGCCCUCAUUCACCGAUCAACUCGGGCGUCGAGCUUAUCUCCAUGCGGCUCAGAUCGCAGGCUUGAAACCGCUUCGUUUGAUCCAUGACACGACGGCGACGGCAUUGGGAUACGGCAUCUACAAGACCGACUUCUCCGACGGCGAGAUCCGUGUCGUCUUCGUCGAUGUCGGCCAUUGCGACACCCAGGUCUCCGUCGUGGUCUUCGAUAGUGGUGGUUUGCGUGUUCUCUCGCACGCCUCCGAUCGCCGGCUCGGCGGGCGUGGUUUUGAUGAGAUUCUUUUCAAGCAUUUUAGCAAACAGUUUGAGGACGAGUAUAAGAUCGAUGUUUCUUCGAAUGCAAAGGCUAGCAUUCGGCUGAAGGCAGAGUGCGAAAAGGUGAAGAAGGUCUUGAGCGCGAACGCGGAGGCUUCGAUGAGCAUUGAAUGCUUGAUGGACGACAAGGACGUGAAAGGGUUUAUCAAGCGAGAGGAAUUCGAGAGGCUGGCAUCUGGGUUGCUGGAGAAGGUGCUGUUCCAGUGCAGGAAUGCUCUGUCAGACGCCGGCGUGGUGGUCGAUGAAGUGCAAUCUGUGGAGCUUGUCGGUUCUGCGUCAAGGAUCCCGGCGAUCACGAGAAUUUUGUCCUCGUUCUUCGGUAAAGAACCAAGCCGAACGCUCAACGCGAGCGAAUGUGUCGCCCGUGGCUGUGCGCUUCAGUGUGCUAAGCUUACCCCUUUGUUCAAAUCGAAGAACUAUAAGGUGUGUGACUUGUUGCCUUACUCUGUAGGUUUUGGGUUGGAAGCCGGCCAUGUUUCUAUGAUUUUCGACAAGGCACUUGUCUCAAAAGGAGAGCCUCUUGCAAGUAUUAGAGAUCUCAGUGUUUCUCUCCGAAGAGGCGAAUUCAAUCUGCAUGCGUUUUAUGCUGAUAAAAAUGGACAGCCACUUGAUGCUUCUCAGAAAAUUACUUCAUUCUUUGUUGGCCCUGUUCCGACAUCUGAUGGUAAGGAUUCCGUAGUCACAGUUAGAAUUCUUCUAGAUAUUAGUGGAAUUGUUACUCUGGACUCAACGGCUUUAUUGAAUGAAGAUGACACCAAAGAUCCAGUUUCAAGUGAUACAAGUUGCUCAAAUUCAUAUAAUGCAGAACCUGGACAUGUUAUUGAGAUUAGAACAUCUGACAAGUCUGAACCAGCUGUUGAUGGUCAAAUUAAAGGAAGGCCUUCUAGAAGGCUUGACAUACCGGUUUCUAUGACUUUGUAUGGUGGAAUGACCCCUGCUGAGUUAUCUGAAGCUCAGUUGCUCGAGAUGAAUCUAGCUCAUCAGGACAAGCUUGUUGAACAAACUAAAGAAAGAAAAAAUGAACUGGAAGCUUAUGUUUAUGAAGUUCGCAACAAGCUUUUGGAGAGAUACCGUAUCUUUGCAACUGAAUCAGAAAGAGAAGGAAUUUCUAAGAGCCUCCAACAAACAGAAGAAUGGCUCUAUGAUGAAGGGGGUGAUGAAACAGAAAAUGUCUACACCGGUAAACUGCUAGAGCUGAAGAAGCUGGUGGAUCCCGUGGUCAACCGAUUCAAAGACGAAGAAGCUAGACCUCAAGCAAAAAGGGAGCUUUUGCAAUGUAUAGUAGACAACAGGUUGGCUGUAGAAUCAUUGACAACAUAUGAACGAGACGCUGUCUUCAAUGAAUGCAAUAAAGCCGAACAAUGGCUGCGAGACAAAAGCCAACUCCAGGAUUCCUUACCCAAGAACAGUGACCCUGUGUUGUGGUCACAUGAAAUCAACAAAAUGACCGCAUCAUUAGACACAUCAUGCAGGCAGAUACUGAAGCAUAGAGCUCCUCAUUUUGGGUAAAAAGGACAUGCAAACAGAUUGAAUUAACACAUGACCAUGGAAUUUGUAACUAAUUCUUAACCCUCAUUUAAUUAAUUAAUUUUUUUUUUCUCUCUGAUCAGGAUAACACCAAUUGUUUUAAGGCAUACAUGCUAGUACAUUUCCAUAUGUUUUCCAUAUUGUAAAUAUAAAGCUUCCUCUUGAGUUUGCUGGUCACAUUGGUACACUCAGCCAACUGUUGCUGGUUAAUGAGGAAUUAGUUACACUAUUCAUUGUAGAAGUUUUUACA